AUGUAUCCCCAACAUGGCGCUCCUAUGGCGCCCCCACAGAAACCAGAGACGUUUAUGCUUUCAAGCGAGGCGCAACAAAGCCUUCCUCAUGAUGCGCAAGUAGCAUUACAGCAAGUUGACAACUUGAAAUAUUUCCUCCUUUCGGCGCCUGUUGACUGGCAACCGGAUCAACUUAUCAGAAGGUUCUUGCUUCCUACGGGCGACUAUAUCUCCUGUGUUCUUUGGAACAAUCUUUUCCACAUCUCGGGUACCGAUAUCGUCAGAUGCCUAGCCUUCAGAUUCCAAGCUUUUGGACGCCCCGUUAAGAAUUCGAAGAAGUUCGAAGAGGGGAUCUUUUCGGAUCUUCGUAACCUCAAAGCGGGUACCGACGCAACCCUAGAAGAGCCGAAAAGCCCAUUCCUAGACUUUCUAUACAAGAAUAACUGCAUCCGCACGCAGAAAAAGCAGAAGGUUUUCUAUUGGUAUAGCGUACCACACGAUAGGCUGUUUCUCGAUGCACUAGAGCGGGAUUUGAAGCGGGAGAAAAUGGGGCAGGAUGCAACAACCGUCGCGGUCAGCGAGCCUGCUCUGUCUUUCGAGUUUGAUUCAUCCCAAUCAUUGUAUGAACAACUCACAAAGGCACAACAAGCAAAUUCAUCUUCAUUUGCUGCACACGCAAGUACGACAUAUGGCCAACCCGCAUCCCCAGUGGUUCGGACCGUUGACGCUAUGCCUCCUCCCCAGAUGGCUCCUCAAAUGGCACCCCCAGCGUUAGCCCUUCUCCCAGAAGAGUCUCGCAAUCCGGCGAUGUACCAUCAGAUUCCUAUAUCCAACCCUUUGGCCCAGAACGUUGUUAAGCGGGAGCCUGAUUAUGGACAAUUUCAGUACGAUCGCAGCGGAAUGUCGGUUGCUCGCAUACACCACCAGCGCCACGCCUCUAUGCCAACGUUCGUCGAAUAUUCGCCGGCUCCGUCGUUUGUUUCGUCCCAGUAUGAAGACUACAGUAACCGGGGCUUAUCUUUUGAACCAGUCACUCCUCCCCAGCACAGUUCCCAACUUGGGGCUGAACCAGCAUACAUUGCUAAUGAGGAUACCGGCCUUUACACCGCUAUUCCCGAUGUCUCCUCUUCGGGCUCCUUUAAUCCAAUGAUGCAGCUACCCACGUCCAACCUUGCAAGUGCGCACUUCCCGACUCCUGCAAGAACAUUUCACUCAAAUGUCUAUUCUGUGCUAGAGGGCUCUCCAACAUACAAGCAACGGAGACGCCGCUCAUCCAUUCCCCCAGGAGGCGGCAACAGCAUUCCUACAUCAGCGCCCUCUCAAGUGGCCGGACCGCCUUCCCAGCCUAUCAGCUAUGCUGCUCAUAGACCAAGUGAUCUCCGUCGCUCUGUCUCCAGUUCAGUAGGCCCUGUCGCCGAGAUGGAUCGCAAUUCGUCACAUCGCACUGUGAAUGGCUACCCCAUUGCGACGCUUCCACAGAAGAACUUACUCCAUGAGAUAUCUCGUCACGGUACCCCACUUUCAAGCCUCGACGAGAACUCGGAGCAGAAUAAUUUGUCUCUUGUGAACCCGGCAGAUGAGCUUGCUGGUUUGCCCAAUGGCGAAAGCUUGGAGACUGCGGUUCAGAACAAGUCAGAGCGGUACAUGCCUGGUCCCGUUCGACGUGCUCGAAGCGCCACAAUGAUGGAACUUGGCCCCUACCCCCAGAAGUCUCACUCAUGUCCAAUCCCGUCGUGUGGACGGCUCUUCAAAAGAUUAGAACAUUUGAAACGACACGUGAGAACCCACACUCAGGAACGGCCCUAUCCUUGCCCCUACUGUAACAAGGCAUUUUCGCGAUCGGACAAUCUUGCCCAGCACCGUCGUAUCCACGAGGCCCAACAUGACGGUCAGCCUCCACUCCAGGCCACCGAAGAGGAGCUGGAGAACGAGGAGAAUGACUACAGCUCCCCUGAUGAGGGCUCUCCCCCUUCCGAGUCCGUUCCGACUACUAUGGUUAAUGCUCCUAGCGUGACAUCGAUGCCUUCUUCCAUGGCCUUGCAUCCUGCUAUGCACUCUAUAGUAGGCUCUCACAUGAUCACCCCUCAACUUCUGCAGCAGCAGAUAUAG